AUGUUUUUCCAAAUAUUCAACUGCUUUUGUCUAAAGAAAAAUGCAUGUCAUCAAAUGGUACUUUUUGCAGAACUUCAUGAUGACCUCGACUCGUUCGCCAACUCACCUCUGUCCCAAUUUGGGCUUGAGUCCGACUCAUCCUCCCCAUCAUCAUUCUGCUCUUUGGAUCUGGAUUAUGAUUCUCGUGAAAACACCCUAUCUGUUUUUCCAUAUGAUGAUCACCCCUCCCCACUACUCGGUAUGCCAGAUCCAAUAAUGCCUGCACUAGCAAUGAAUGAUUCGUUGGCAAGUACAGCUCCUAUAAGAAGGCCAAUGUUAGUUCGGAAACGAAUGCACGAAUGUUCUAUGGUUUGUUGGCUUUUUCGCACGUUGUUGACGUCCGAAUAUAGAGCUUUGCCUCUGAAUGCUAUAUUCGAAAUUUUCGAAGACACAAACCCAUCAUCCGCCCAUGGUCGACAUUGGCGGCAAUCCAUACGGCAUUGCUUGAUGUCUUCUGCUGUUUUCGUCAGAGUUUUGACGCCGAAUGCAAGUUUGCAGUUUUUGAGUAGAGAUAAAAUAAAACAUACAGGAAACAUUCACUUAAGUCCUCGCAAGGACUUCCUGGUAAUGAAUGAAGCCGGAUCAUGGUGGACAGUACAUCCGGAUUGUGAAGCAGCUUGCGCCGAUGAAGUUUUUCGACCCGGUGUUGCUCAUCGGUGCCCACCAAACGGAGGUGGAGCUGUUAGGAUGAAGACGUACCAGGUUGACGACACUAGUGAGAUCAUCUAUCGGGACACUACUCGUGGAAAGUGGACGAAUGAACGAAUUUAUGCACGAAGACGCUUGCCUCUGGAAAGGCCGAAGAAGAAUGCUAUUCCUUUGAAGCCGUCUUCAAUAACAUUGUAUCCAUCAAAAGUGUCUUCCUAUACAACUAACGCUCAGUCACGCCUACGCUCUGCACAGGUGAAUCCACAACGGGGAGAUCAUUUUGUGAUUGAUCAUGAAGAAGAGUUAUUAAUUUGCAAUAACGAGCUCAUUUGCGGCAGCGCUUUUCAAGAAGAGUUAUUACCCUUGGAUCCGUCGCUUCUGCAGGAAAAGAAUGUAUUGAAGGAAAUCAUAGCCUUUACCAUUUUGUUUAGUAAUGAGUGUUUCCUUGGUUAUGGUAAAAGAACUAUCAAGUUGCGUGAUCCAUCUGACUUCUUCCCUGACAGUGCUGCUGCUUCUAUCUUUUCUUGA